AUAACAAUGGCCUCCGUGGAGGAAGACGAUUUUGCCGACGAUCAAAUAUUUGAAUCAUUGCUAUCAUUUACCCCUGAAGUUCAAGAAGCUAUUGAACAGGUUAAUUUUAGUCAUAAGUAUACUUGUUAAUUGUGUAAAUCGUCGCAAUCUGACACAGAAUCAAAGAAUCCCUAUUAAAAUUGCCGCUAGUGUUUGCGUGUGAGAGAAAUUCCGGGCCUGUCAGUGAUCACUUUCAAAAUAGGGUUUGUCAAAAGGGCCUUUUCUACGAUAAAAAAUCAGAAUUCAUUCUCCAUAAAAUAGCAUCUUCCUUCCCAUCAAUAAUUCAUAAAUAUUGCCUGCUCCUGCCUACUGCUUGAACACGUUUUAGCAUUUAAAGCCUUCAUAGAGCAGGAUGGGGUGGUUGUUCCUGUGCUAAGUGAUCCCAAAUGGCUCAUGGACUUGGCUUUUCUUGUUGACAUUACCAAUGGAGCUGAAUGUCUACUCAACAAGAAGUUACAAGACCAAGGGUAGAUUGUCAGUGUUGCCUAUGACAAUGUCGAGGCAUCCUGCACAAAACUUGAGUUAUGGUUCUCCACAGUCAGUAGCUUCUAGGCGGCUAUUGGUAGUUUACUAUAAAAAAACGACUAAUUGGUGAUAUAUUGAUGUUAGUCAGUAUUAGAUAUUGGUACCGUAGUCACUAUUUUUUAAAUUGCAGCCCUGAAAUCACUCUUUUGUAGAUAUGUUGCCAAAAAAACAUGUGUUCAUGUUUUAGACAGCCGUCUGGCCAUGAUGCACUUCAAAAUUUAUUUUUUGUGUCUAGUCUCAUAAAUCUAAAUAGGAUUUACAAGACAUACUGUACUGAUUUUUCUUUGUUUGUAUAUAUUUUAUUUUAUGUAUUGUGGCUUAUGUUUUUAUUGGAUUCUGUGCAGUUUAAAACAUUAAAAAAUAGUAAUAUAGUGAUUCAUAGACGUUAAAGUAAUUUGUGUUAUAAAUGCACAAUGUACUUAAUUAAAUUUUUUAAUUGUACAAAAAAAAUGCUUUAUAAGUUAACAAGUGCUAAGUUGUGUAAAUAAUUUUCAGUAGGCCUAUCUCUCAACAGAAAAUAAAUAACGGGGUGGGGGGGGUGUCACAUGACCAUGUUCCUAAACAGAUGGGCCAAAUCUUUUGUUGUCAUCUUUAAGCCUAAUCACAUAUUAUAAAUUAUAAUUACAAAGCAAUAUAGCAAAAUCUGAGCAUGAGGAAGGCUACAGCAGGCAAUGUUAUAAACAGUACUUUAGAUUUUAUAAUUAGUGCCGAGGUGUCGUCACUAGUAUGAACAAGUAAUAAUAAUAAAUGAAUGGUGCAAUGCUUCGCCAGAAUCAUUGAAAGUGGGUUAUUAAGGAUCCGAAUUUGGUUUGAUUUGAUUGGCCAGACUACAAAUAACUCCCUAGAAGCUAUUGGUAGUAAAAUUGGUAGUAAAUUACCAAUAGACACGUUCUUUAAAAAUAGUUUGAACAUACUGUUUUAAUAAUGACAUUUAUUUUUAAAUUUGUAUCAGGUACUGCCCAGCAAUGACCCAUUGGAUAGACCAGAUUUUAAUCCUGUGGACUACAUCAAUACCUUGUUCCCAACUGAACAAUCUCUCUCAAAUAUUGAUCAAGUUGUUGGGAAAAUAAAGCAAAAAAUUUGGUUAGUAGCCUUCUAUGUAGUUAAUGAAAUACUUAUUUUCAAUUUAACAAGAUACAUUCCAUUUAUUUUGAAAUCUCUGAUAUAACUUUGGCAAAUGUAAUGAAACUGCUCCUAGUCAUGGUGCCAAAUAGCUUGUAAUGAAACUGCUCCCAGUCAUGGUGUCAAAUAGCUUGUAAUGAAACUGCUCCUAGUCAUGGUGCCAAACAGCUUGUAAUGAAACUGCUCCUAGUCAUGGUGACAAAUAGCUUGUAAUGAAACUGCUCCUGGUCAUGCCACCAGAUAACUUCUCAAUGAUUAUUGUAAUCAAACACAUUUGAAUUGGAACAUGUCAUAUUUAUAUUUAAAACAAUCAAACCUUAUAUAAAAAUAUUUAUUUAGAUUAAGCUUAGGUUGGAGCCAUCCAUAUAAGGUGUCACACAUCUAAUGGUAAGAGAUCAGGAAUUAGUGAUGAUGGGUUUUAAAGUGAAUGGGGGGAGGGUGGGGUGGGAGAGACAUAAAGGCGUUAUAUGAUUUAUGGAUGGCCCCUUAAUACAAUAUUUUUUAAUCAAUUGAAUACUUUGAAUGUUUCAUUUUUAGAGCAAUCACUAAUAGAUAUGAAACUCAUGUUACAGGCGUUUAGAUGAUGAGAUCCGCACUGUGGUCCGGGGUCAGACUAAUGUUGGCGAGGAAGGCAGGCAUGCUUUGGAAGAAGCCCAGCGAGCCAUUCAAGAUUUGUUCAGCAAGAUUAGAGAUAUCAAGGAGAAGGCUGAGAAAUCUGAGGAAAUGGUGAGUCACGUCUGUCACUAGUUACUGUGAGACAUGUCUGUCACAAGUUACUGUGAGUCUUGUCAUGUCUGUCACAAUUUUUUUGAUAGAUAUAGUCCAUAUGUAUAAAUCAAGUGUCAGUGAAGGUGGUAUAGGUGUAUGUAUUAAGUACAGAUGAGGGUCAGAGGUUAUGAAGAGAAACUAAUAUGUUCAACAAAUUGUGAUUUUUACCAACAUAUGUAAAUACUUAAACAUUUUUAAAAAGACUUUAUAAAUGUCUUAUUAUCCAAUAUAACAUCUUGAAAACUCUUGGUUUCACACCUAACCCCUCUCAUAUUGAUUUCAUUAGCAACUCUUUAUACAUUUAUUAUGUCAUGUAUGCUUCCUCUGUGAGCCAUAGGCAUGUCAUGGUUUCUGUUAUAGCUCUCUCUGUCAGCCAUAGGCAUGUCAUGGUUUCUGUUAUUGCUUCCUCUGUGAGCCAUAGGCAUGUCAUGGUUUCUGUUAUCAAAAGAUCAGAUUUCUCUGAAAAUUUGAAGUCUUUAAAAUUUAAAAAUGCUUUUAUUGUAGGUCAAAGAGAUUACCCGUGACAUCAAACAGCUGGACCAUGCCAAGCGUCAUCUGACGGCGUCAAUAACAACCCUCAACCACCUGCAUAUGCUGGUGGGGGGUGUAGAGUCUUUGACGUAAGCAUCAGCAGCAAAGACAGAUUAGAGCUUAAGAAGUAGAUUGUUGCUUCUUUAAUCCACUUAAAGUUAAUGUGAACAAAUAUGAUAGCACUAUUGUAAUCUCUGUAAACGUUCUAUUUCUUGUGAUCUUCUUUUUGGCUUUGUUUUCUCUAUCUUCUUUGUCUUUUUAACUCACACUAGAGCAUAGGCCGUUAACAAUUUUUUGCAACUCACACUGGAGCAUAGGCCAGUACUGUCCAACCCACCGACUGGUUUUAAAUGGCCCGCCAGAGCUUGGGACAUUUGUACCAUUUGUGUCAAAAAAUAUAAACAUUUUAGAAUUAGAUGGACAAAACAACAAACAAAUGACAUUUAGUUAUUCAGUAUAGUUUGGAAAUCACAUGAGGGUACAGGAGAAGGGUGGCAUUUGAAAAAAAGAAGGGCUGUGUUCAAAGGACAGGAACGCUUGACAGGUAGUAGUAAUUUAUGUUAAGCAUGUCAGAUGAUCAACAAUGUGGGAACAUGGGGGUGACAUGAAAUAAGAUACCAAUUUCUUCUCCUUUCUGCUGCUUAGACCCGGCCUAGAAGGAAAAAUGGGGGAGGGGGGGUCGUGGUGAACAGGUUUAAUAUUAACAGAGAGAUGAAUGGGUCUAAUUUUUAAUGGAGAGAUGAACUUGGAAAUUCAAAGUACAGUAACUUGAUGUGUAACUAGCUGCUCAUCGUAAAAAUGUCCAUGCACACCAACAGGACUGGUUUGUGAGCACCAUGUGUUAAAACUGGUCUGGAGUACUAAAGGUGUCACUAAUGACUGGAGGGGAAUGUGAAUCAUUUGACUGGAGGGGAAUAUGAACCAUUUGACUGGAAGGAAUGUGAACCAGUUGUGGGCAGCAUGUCCAUGCUGUAUUUUUAGAUGAAAUCAGACUAAUAUCUGAUAUUCAGUGAGGAAUAUUUGUACUUCAUACUGAUGUUCGUUGGCUGAGCAAAGGGAAAGUGCUUGCAAGAUUGUGGGACCAAAUUGAAGAAGUGAAAUUUCUCAGGUCCAAAGCAAUGGGCGAUUUUUUUAAAUCAAUGGAAUUGCCCGAGCUAUUUGUAAGGCUAGCAUUUCUGACAUCACAGAUCACCGUAAUAAAUUAAAUUUGAAAUUGCAAGGGCGUUUUCAAAUUUGACCAACCCAGAUGAAAGAAGUUAGUGGUUUUGAAUUUAACCUGCACUUAUUUAUUACUCAACAGAAUCUGUCAAAUUUUACUCACAUCCCAGCCCUUGCAAAGGCUGCACAAAAACUUCGAGUGCUGGUCACAAGUGAGCAAUUCAAUCUAUUGUUAGAAAAGUUGAAGUUAGAUUUCACAUAUUAUUUUAAAGAUAUUCACAGUCUUACUUCUGUUUCACUUUUUGUUGAAAACCCCUUUAUGUGCGACAUCUCCACUGUAGCCGCACAGAUUGGUGCUGGGUCGCUUAAAAGGAGUCAUUCUCAAGUUUGUGGUCUGGGGUUUAAUCCCCACCAAGGCAGAUAACAUUGCCACUCUUGCGACAUUAAUGGUGCCAAGCUGUAUCAUCCACAUAUGAUGUUCCCUUGAGUUAUCCAAGUGUGUGGAAAGAGGCGAUUUGAUGUGUAGGGAAUCAGCUUAUACUCCUUAAGAAUAAUCCCUGGCCUUGUGAUUUCAUCCUGCGAAGUCCACACCAUCGUCACAUUGUGAUGGAAGUUUGCCAGAAAGGAAAAUAAAAUCCCUAAAGUUAAAGAUGUCAUUAGUAGGUGCAGAUGAAGGUAUAGUGCAGCUUGAAAUCAUCAAAAUUCAGCAAAACAUAAGAUUGCUUUAUCUACUGAAUUCAGAGGAAUUUACACAACUAUGGAAAUGUUGUAAAUAGAUAUAUUCCAAGCCUUUGGGUCUCUAGCUAUCCUCUCCAACUCUUUCAAACCCCUUUCAGUCUUUAUUAUAUCUCUUUUGGCAACUCUUCUCUUUUUUGUCUUUGAUCCUCUCGGGUGUCCAUGUCGGGGAUCGUCUUGUUAUAUCUGGCAUGGGUUUUCGUAUCGGGCAUUGAACAGCUUUAUCUUUUGUUUGUGAUGCAAUAUUAUACAUUCAUCUAGCUUUUAAUUUUGUUUUUUAGGACCCUUUCCUAAUAGUUUUGACACUUCAUAUUUAACAUUCUCAAUUUAUUAAAUGAAGAAAAAUGCUAGAGUCAGGUGCCAGUAUUGGUUUAAAAAAUACUCUUAUGCAAUUCACUAGAAAAUAUUUGUUUUCAAAAUAGUAUUAUAUAAUUCACUAGAAAAUAUUGGUUUACAAAAUAGUAUUAUAUAAUUCACUAGACAACAUUGGUUUACAAAAUAGUAUUAUAUAAUUCACUAGACAACAUUGGUUUACAAAAUAGUAUUAUAUACCACAACUUAUAUAAUUCACUAGACAACAUUGGUUUACAAAAUAGUAUUAUAUAAUUCUCUAGACAAUAUUGGUUUACAAAAUAGUAUUAUAUAAUUCACUAGACAACAUUGGUUUACAAAAUAGUAUUAUAUAAUUCUCUAGACAAUAUUGGUUUACAAAAUAGUAUUAUAUAAUUCACUAGACAACAUUGGUUUACAAAAUAAUAUUAUAUAAUUCACUAGACAACAUUGGUUUACAAAAUAAUAUUAUAUAAUUCACUAGACAACAUUGGUUUAUAAAUUAUUCUUUCGUAAUUCACCAGACAGUAUGGGGUUACAAAAUAUUAUAAUUUGAUCUCAUUCAACAGAGCUCUAACCCGUGUUAGGCAGUAUGGGGAAGUGGCCAACUUGCUGCAGGGAGUGCUCAAUGUUUUGGAACAUUUUGAAAAAUACAUGGAGAUACCACAGAUAAAACAGUUGGCUGAUAGGUGAGUACAUCAGUACUAGAUCUUUAUUAUUACACAAAUCCUGGAUAAUUUGUAAAGUAUACUCGAGUAACUUAGUGACACCAAUACUGAUACAUUUUCAUCCCCAAUUAUUUAUGACUAGUUGCCAGUAUCUAGGUAUAAAUCUCAAGGGAUAAUUGAGUUUUUCCACUUAUCCUCGUUCCCAAUACAUGAAAUCGGUAAUAUAAAUAGAAUUUUAAUUUUAUUUUAAAUCAUAAGUCAUUUUAACUUCUCCUGUUCUUUACCUUUCAAAAGUUUAAAAAAAAUGAAGUUUAGAUCUUGUCUAACCUUCUUCUUACUUAGUGAUGCCUGGAAAGAAACACUUUUCCUUAUGAUGCUUUAGAUCAGUGGGCCUCAAAGUACAGCCCGCUGGGCCAGAUCUGGCCCACCAAUUGUUCUUAACCCGGCUCACCUUGCCACCUUAUGGAUACCCGGGUAGCAAUAAUAAAUAUUGAAAUGAAUAUUGGCCAUCAUUUUAGUCAAUAGCAGGCCUAUACUUGCCACUUAAAUAGUAAAAAAUGUAUGUAGUUUAAAAUUGUUCUUCAUUUUAAAUAUUUAUUUUUCAUGUUUUAUUUCAAUUCAAAUAAUAAUAUGUGCAGUGUGCAUAGGAAUUUGUUUCAAAGGAUGUUGUUGUUGUUCUUCUGUCGAAAUUUAUUUAUUUAUUUAUUUAUUUAGGCAUUUUUAUAUAGCGCUUACCUUAAAGCUCUAAGCGCUUUACAAUUAUUAAAAACAUGUAAACUAAGUAAAAUAAUAAUGAGACACCAGGAUAGUAACUACUAUACUAUAGAAACAAUUAAAAUGGCUAUAAAACGAGGACACUUUGGCACGUUUUGGCCUAUACUACAGGACAUCAACUAGGACCAACGAGUCAUCCAGUUAGGGGGAGGGUGGGUUACGGUGAGCUCCUAUGUGGCUUGCUAGACCGAUCCAUGCUCGGAACAAUCUAUGGCAACACGGGCAGGGGAUAGUUGCUGCUGUCGGUGAUCUGAUGUUGCUCUUUCGGGCAAGCCGGCGUGUCUCAGCUGUGAUUAUCCUAUUAGCUUCAUGGGAUUUAGCCCCCUUCUUGACAGCUGUUCUCCACCUGGCUCUGUCCUGGGCUGUCUGCACCCAUUGAGUAGGGUUGAUGCUGAAGGUCUUUAGAGCUGCUUUCAGUGAGUCUUUGUAACACUUUUUUUGACCUCCAUGGGAGCGCUUGCCUAUCAAAGGAUAGUCUCUGGGGGACAGUGAACUAGCCAGUGAAUAAGUUUGAGGAUCCCUGCUCUGGGGGACAUAGAGCUAGCCAGAGAAUAAGUUUGAAGAUCCCUGCUUUAGGCCUUGAGCUUAGAUAUCUCAGCUCAUUAAAACAGAAUGUUUAGAUAUGGGUCUUUCAUUUUUAUCAUUCAAACCAGAUUUAUAGAUAUGGAUCUUUUAUUUUGAUCAUUUAUUCAUAGAUUGUUUCAUUUCUCUUUUAAUAUGGUUGACUUUGUACCACGCUUCGAGCCUUUGUGGAUUAAGCAUGAUUUUCAAAUAAACUUUAUUAUUAUUUAUUAUUAUUAUUUAGACCAGAUUUUUAGAUAUGCGUCUUUAUCAUUAAGAGCACACAAUAUCUUCUCUAUCAAGUUGUAUUUUUAAAAAUACACACAAGGAAUCUCAAAUAUUUUUGUGUGUUAUUGUAUUCAGGGUUAAGCAAAUCCAGUCUGACCUCAGUACUCAAAUUAUUGCUGAUUUUGAGGAGGCGUUUCAAGGCUCUGGUGCUAAGGUAUGUUCUACAUCUAAUGGGUGAUAAGGUAUGUUCUACAUCUAAUGAGUGCUAAGAUAUGUUCUAAAUCUAAUGGGUGAUAAGGUAUGUUCUACAUCUAAUGAGUGCUAAGGUAUUUUCUACAUCUAAUGGGUGAUAAGGUAUGUUCUACAUCUAAUGAGUGCUUAGGUAUGUUCUAAAUCUAAUGGGUGAUAAGGUAUGUUCUACAUCUAAUGAGUGCUAAGGUAUUUUCUACAUGUAAUGGGUGAAAAGGUAUGUUCUACCUCUAAUAGGUGACAAGGUAUGUUCUACAACUAAUAUAAAUUUUGAAAUUCGGCUCAACGUGGAAGUAUUAAAUUUAUUUUUGAUUUUUCUUUGUCUUUACAACAGCCAGUGGACCACAGGAGAUUAACCAUUUCCUUCCAAACCUUCUGGUCUCUAGCUAUUCUCUCUAACCAUUUCUAGUCUUUGUAACAUCUUUGUUGACAACUCUUCUCCAGGAGUUUUUGGGUCUUACUAUAUGCUUGUUCCUUGUUGGCUCCGAACAAACGCUUGUCUUGUUAUAUUGGCAUCAUAAGUGUUGGGUAUUUUUUUCCAGCUGUUUUUUAAAUAAUGCUGUUAGCAUACAACUAAAGUAUAGUGAAAUCUUGAAAUAACGAACUCCCUGGCAUAUGUGUUAACUCAACCCAGCACAGCACAAUUUUUUUAAAACUGGCUGAACCAUCAAAUAUAUCCUGCUUUGGUUUGCUCCAAUGGUUUGUGCUAUUUAAAGGUUUGCCUGGAGUAAACUGACAAUAAACCUUUGACACUUGUUGAGAGGUUGAACAUUUGGAGCUGUCAUUGGAAAUGGCGAUGUUACAUAAAGAGGACUUGAUCAUUUCAUCAAUUGUGUUUUACAUAAUACUAUACAAAACACUCUCUCAGAGUGUUUUGCUGUUACUUGUAUUGUCCAUGGCUAAUGGUUUUCUCUCCACUGUCCAGUACGGUCCUGGUAACCAGAAGCAACUCCAUGAUGCAUGUUAUGUGGUCAACAUCCUUGACCCCAAGGUCAAACGUGACUUGCUCAACUGGUUUGUCAAACUGCAGCUGUCUGAGUACGUGGUGCUGUUUGCUGAGGACCAAGAUGUGAGUCUAUGAGAUUUUAAGUGCACAUUUUGUCUGAUCUCCUCUUUGAGAUGUCAAUAAGUUGAACAUAAGAUGUUCCUUUAUAGCAUAAAUUUAUGGUGCCACGUAAGCUAUGAUUAUACAUUAAAUUUAUUGUAUUAUGUAAUCUUUGAUUUAUACAAUCAAUUUAUGGUGCCAUGUAAGCUUUGAUUAUACAUUAAAUUUAUGGUAUUAUGUAAUCUUUGAUUCAUACAAUAAAUUUAUGGUGCCACGUAAGCUAUGAUUAUACAUUAAAUUUAUGGUAUUAUGUAAUCUUUGAUUCAUACAAUAAAUUUAUGGUGCCAUGUAAGCUUUGAUUAUACAUUAAAUUUAUUGUAUUAUGUAAUCUUUGAUUCAUACAAUAAAUUUAUGGUGCCAUGUCAGCUUUGAUUAUACAUUAAAUUUAUUGUAUUAUGUAAUCUUUGAUUUAUACAAUAAAUUUAUGGUGCCAUGUAAGCUUUGAUUAUACAUUAAAUUUAUUGUAUUAUGUAAUCUUUGAUUUAUACAAUCAAUUUAUGGUGCCAUGUAAGCUUUGAUUAUACAUUAAAUUUAUUGUAUUAUGAAAUCUUUGAUUUAUACAAUAAAUUUCUGGUGCCAUGUCAGCUUUGAUUAUACAUUAAAUUAAUUGUAUUAUGUAAUCUUUGAUUUAUACAAUAAAUUUCUGGUGCCAUGUCAGCUUUGAUUAUACAUUAAAUUUAUUGUAUUAUGUAAUCUUUGAUUUAUACAAUAAAUUUAUGGUGCAAUUAAGUUUUGAUUUAUACAAGGGAGAGAAUAAUCAAGGCUUUACUUAACUGUAACAAUAAUUUUGUGUCCAAAGUUUCUAGACCAAAUAUUUCAAGAAAUUUUCUGAAAUGUUUUAUGUUAUUUUAUUUUUUUAUUAAAUCCCACAUUUCUUAUUAAUCUCUUCAUGCAGGUGGCAUGGCUUGACAAAAUUGACCGCAGGUACGCCUGGAUCAAGAGGGCUUUGGUGGACUUUGAAGAGAAGUUUGGUCAUCUGUUCCCUCCAGACUGGGAAGUUAGUGAGAGGAUUUGUGUGGAAUUCUGUCAUUUAUCAAGGUUAGUCUGUGUCUUUAUGACAUGUCACAUUUAUGUUGUCUGUAUUAAAUGUCAUAUUUAUGUUGUCUGCAUUAAAUGUCACAUUUAUGUUGUCUAUAUUAAAUGUCAUAUUUAUGUUGUCUAUAUUAAAUGUCACAUUUAUGUUGUCUGUAUUAAAUGUCACAUUUAUAUUGUCUGUAUUAAAUGUCACAUUUAUGUUGUCUGUAUUAAAUGUCACAUUUAUGUUGUCUGUAUUAGAUGUCACAUUUAUGUUGUCUGUAUUAGAUGUCACAUUUAUGUAGUCUGUAUUAGAUGUCACAUUUUUAUCAAAUGAUAAUGUAAACCACAGGUAUUUUUGGGAUAUGAUGUUACUUAAUCUCAGUAAGGUCGCCUCUACUGUUUUAGAAUCUCAAAUAACUAAACUUAGUUUAAAUGCCUUGUCUCUCACUUUGCUACUGUUACUGUGAUGUGAACUGCUGACAACAGCUUACUGUCAAGCUGGUGUGGACUGCUGCUAACAGCUUACUGUCACGCUGGUGUGGACUGCUGCUAGCUGCUUACUGUCAUGCUGGUGUGGACUGCUGCUAGCUGCUUACUGUCAUGCUGGUGUGAACUGCUGCUAACAGCUUACUGUCAUGCUGGUGUGGACUGCUGCUAGCUGCUUACUGUCAUGCUGGUGUGAACUGCUGCUAACAGCUUACUGUCACGCUGGUAUGGACUGCUGCUAGCUGCUUACUGUCAUGCUGGUGUGAACUGCUGCUAACAGCUUACUGUCAUGCUGGUGUGGACUGCUGCUAGCUGCUUACUGUCAUGCUGGUGUGAACUGCUGCUAACGGCUUACUGUCAUGCUGGUGUGGACUGCUGCUAGCUGCUUUCUGUCAUGUUGGUGUGAACUGCUGCUAACAGCUUACUGUCACGCUGGUAUGGACUGCUGCUAGCUGCUUACUGUCAUGCUGGUGUGAAAUGCUGCUAACAACUUACUGUCACACUGGUGUGGACUGCUGCUAGCUGCUUUCUGUCAUGCCGGUGUGAACUGCUGCUAACAGCUUUCUGUCUCGCUGGUGUGGACUGCUACUAGCUGCUUACUGUCAUGCUGGUGUGAACUGCUGCUGACAACUUACUGUCACACUGGUGGGGACUGCUGCUAGCUGCUUACUGUCAUGCUGGUGUGAGUUGCUGCUACCUGCUUACUGUCAUGCUGGUUUGGGCUGCUGCUAACAGCUUACUGUCACGCUGGUGUCCUGGUGUGGACUGCUGCCAGCAGCCUUCUGUCAUGCUGGUUUGAUCUGCUUCUAGCUGCUUACUGUCAUGCUGGUGUGAGUUCUUCUUCUAUAUAUUAAGGGCCCACGAUCAAUUUAUUGAUCAUUUUGGCUUCUAUACAUGUAGAAGGGAUUUGCAAUGUUUCUGUGCCUGGUGAUGAUGAGGGUAUUUCAAUGAUGACAAGUGCCACUUUGUGAGGGAAUCAUGCACAGGGGGGGGUUGAAAGGCUUGAGGCAAUAGACACAAAUGUGUCAAGUGUUGUCGUCUCAACUGUUCCUUUUGAAAGCUUGUUCCAGGCCUUAUUGUCUUUAGCAGGAGUGAGCAGUUCCUAUACUGGCUUCUUGCUGGUAUGAGCCUGAAUUGCCUGUCAUGGCCUCGUCGCUGUCUAUGAGGAAGAGGGACAAGUUUCUUUUUAAUAUUGGAACAGUGGACUAGCCCAUUAUUUAUCUUAUACAAUAUGGAUAGCCUGGAUAGUCGUCGUUCCUACAAUGGCGACUAGCCUAGUGUUUCCAGCAUGCUGCCAACACUAGAGGUAUUCCUGUAUCGGUUCACGACAAAGCGUGCGCCCGUCGCUGGAGCACCUCCAACCUGUCAAUGUUCUUCUGAGUAAAUGGGUCCCAGACUGAAGAUGCAUAAUCUAAAACCAGACGGACAAAGGCUUUAUAUACUCUUUCUUUCACACUGGAGUUUCUAAUCUUUAGAUUACGCCUCAAGAACCCCAGGGUCUUGUUUGCCUGGUUACACACAUAGUUAAUAUGCUCGUCCCAGUGGACCUCUCUUAUAAUGGUAACACCCAGGUACUUAACGGAGGAAACUGGCUCAAGUAUAUGGCCAUGUAGAUGACCAAACUUCUCUUCAAAUUCCACCAGAGCCCUCUUACUGUCAUGCUAAUGCGAGUUGCUGCUAGCAGCUUACUGUCAUGAUUGUGUGGACUGCUGCAAACGGCACACUAUAUUUCUAAGCUAAAUAUUUUCCUUGUCAACAUAAAUAUAAGAAUGUAAAGAAGCCAUUUCUCUGUUUUUCAGAAAAGAGCUUGGUAAAAUAAUGCAGAGACGUCGCAUGGAGAUUGACGUGAAACUCUUGCUGUUUGCAAUUCAGAGAACCAGUAACUUUGAAGCACUGAUAGCCAAACGCUUCACAGGUAUCACAAUGCAGAAACCACAGGUGGGUCACUCUAACAUUGAUGUAAGCUUUGUUGUGCUUACACUUUCCUCAUCGCUGGAUAUUUUCCUCUGUCACAAAGUUUCUACUCAAAUUUAUUUUAGAACUAUGAAUCUUUAAAAGAUAAAACAAUGUGCUCAUUUGUCAAAGAUGGUAAGUUGAAGAUGUCUGGGUUAAAACAGUUUAUGUUACUGUACCUCAUAUUUAACAAAACAAAUCCCCCCCCCCCCUCUUUCCCCUUUAAUAGAAUGAUAUUAGCACAGAUAGAGGCAUGCAAGCACAUUAAUUUGUCCCACCCUCCCCCCAUUAAUAGAAUGAUAUUAGCACAGAUAGAGGCAUGCAAGCACAUUAAUUUGUCCCACCCUCCCCCAUUAAUAGAAUGAUAUUAGCACAGAUAGAGGCAUGCAAGCACAUUAAUUUGUCCCACCCUCCCCCCAUUAAUAGAAUGAUAUUAGCACAGAUAGAGGCAUGUAUGCACAAUAAUUUGUCCCACCCAACCCCCAUUAAUAGAAUGAUAUUAGCACAGAUAGAGGCAUGUAUGCACAAUAAUUUGUCCCACCCCCAUUAAUAGAAUGAUAUUAGCACAGAUAGAGGCAUGUAUGCACAAUAAUUUGUCCCACCCAACCCCCAUUAAUAGAAUGAUAUUAGCACAGAUAGAGGCAUGUAUGCACAAUAAUUUGUCCCACCCUACCCCCUUUAAUAGAAUGAUAUUAGCACAGAUAGAGGCAUGUAUGCAAUAUAAUUUGUCCCACCCGACCCCCAUUAAUAGAAUGAUAUUAGCACAGAUAGAGGCAUGUAUGCACAAUAAUUUGUCCCACCCGACCCCCAUUAAUAGAAUGAUAUUAGCACAGAUAGAGGCAUGCAAGCACAUUAAUUUGUCCCACCCUACCCCCAUUAAUAGAAUGAUAUUAGCACAGAUAGAGGCAUGUAUGCACAAUAAUUUGUCCCACCCUACCCCCAUUAAUAGAAUGAUAUUAGCACAGAUAGAGGCAAGUAUGCACAAUAAUUUGUCCCACCCUCCCGGCUUUAAUAGAAUGAUAUUAGCACAGAUAGAGGCAUGUAUGCACAAUAAUUUGUCCCACCCUACCCCCAUUAAUAGAAUGAUAUUAGCACAGAUAGAGGCAAGUAUGCACAAUAAUUUGUCCCACCCUCCCGGCUUUAAUAGAAUGAUAUUAGCACAGAUAGAGGCAUGUAUGCACAAUAAUUUGUCCCACCCUACCCCCUUAAAUAGAAUGAUAUUAGCACAGAUAGAGGCAUGUAUGCACAAUAAUUUGUCCCACCCUACCCCCUUUAAUAGAAUGAUAUUAGCACAGAUAGAGGCAAGUAUGCACAAUAAAUUGUCCCACCCUCCUGGCUUUAAUAGAAUGAUAUUAGCACAGAUAGAGGCAUGUAUGCACAAUAAUUUGUCCCACCCUACCCCCUUAAAUAGAAUGAUAUUAGCACAGAUAGAGGCAUGUAUCCACAAUAAUUUGUCCCACCCUACCCCCAUUAAUAGAAUGAUAUUAGCACAGAUAGAGGCAUGUAUGCACAAUAAUUUGUCCCACCCUACCCCCAUUAAUAGAAUGAUAUUAGCACAGAUAGAGGCAUGUAUGCACAAUAAUUUGUCCCACCCUCCCGGCUUUAAUAGAAUGAUAUUAGCACAGAUAGAGGUAUGGAUGUUCCCAUCAAUAAAAAAACUCAGGUUUAAACAAAAAUGAUGCCUGUUAUUUUUAAACAUCAAAUUAUAAUCAGAUUACAAUAGUACUAGAAGUUGUUUAUCAUUUUCUCUUUUCUCAUGAAAGCUGUUGUAAACUUUCUUUGUGUUUUUUCUGUUCACUCCCCUGGUGCUCCAGCCAAAACGACCACCCCCACCCCCCUCUGCUAGUCAUUCCCCUCCUGUCUCAUCCAACCCGUUUGAGCAGCAGGCUUUGAAUCCCUUUGAGCAGCCGGCAGAAACUAUCAAUAGUGAUGAUGUCAAGGUAACUGUGCCACUAUUUCAUUUUUUAAUGAAAAAAUUAUUCAUACUUAUGUCAUGAGGAAAAAUAACCUCUCAAGGCUUUGAAUCCCUUUGAGCAGCCCGCAGAAACUAUCAAUAGUGAUGAUGUCAAGGUAACUGUGCCACUAUUUCAUUUUUUAAUGAAAAAAUUAUUCAUACUUAUGUCAUGAGGAAAAAUAACCUCUCAACAGUGGGCAUCUGUGUGCAUGUGAAACUGUGUUUUAAAAUUCGAGCUCUUUAAUUUUACAUGCUUGUUAUAGAUGACAUCACAUCUGGCAUAGUGAAAUGGUGCAGCAUGCCAGCUUGUUAUAGAUGACACCACCUCUUGCCUAGUGCUAUGGUGUAGCAUGACAGCUUUUUAUAGAUGACACCACAUCUGGCCUAUUGAAAUGGUGCAGCAUGCUGGCUUGUAAUAGAUGACACCACAUCUGGCCUAGUGCAAUGGUGCAGCAUGCUAGCUUGUAAUAGAUGACACCACAUCUGGCCUAUUGAAAUGGUGCAGCAUGCUAGCUUGUAAUAGAUGACACCACAUCUGGCCUAUUGAAAUGGUGCAGCAUGCUGGCUUGUAAUAGAUGACACCACAUCUGGCCUAGUAAAAUGGUGCAGCAUGCCAGCUUGUUAAAGAUGACACCAUAUCCUACAAACUUGUUUAUAUCCAACAUCCCCUGUAAGCGCCUUUCAUUCUAGCAGUAGAAAUGUUAUAGAAAACAUUUUUUGUUUGGUUUAAAUUGAAUGUUUUUCAUGUCUUGUGUAUCUGUUGAGUUUAAAUAAAUUUUGGUUACACUCAAAGAGGUAUUUACCUUCAAUGGUGUGUGUUUGUGCAGUUCUCUUCUAAUUGAUAUAUCAUACUUAUAUUUUUAUCUUGAAUAAUUUAUCAUGAUUAAUCAAAUGUAAAAUAUUAUUCAAUAUAGUUUAUUAGAUUUAACAUAGUUCAUAUGUACACCAACUAUUUAACAUAGUUCAGAUGUACACUUAUUAUUUAACAUAGUUCAGAUGUACACUUAUUAUUGAACAUGGUUCAGAUGUACACUUAUUAUUUAACAUGGUUCAGAUGUACACUUAUUAUUGAACAUGAUUCAGAUGUACACUAAUUAAUUAACAUGGUUCAGUUUCACACUUAUUAUUUAACAUAGUUCAGAUGUACACUUAUUAUUUAACAUAGUUCAGAUGUACACUUAUUAUUGAACAUAGUUCAGAUGCAAACUUAUUAUUUAACAUAGUUCAGAUGUACACUUAUUAUUUAACAUAGUUCAGAUGUAAACUUAUUAUUUAACAUGGUUCAGAUGUCCAUUUAUUAUUUAACGUAGUUCAGAUGUACACUUAUUAUUGAAAAUAGUUCAGAUGUACACUUAUUAUUGAACAUGGUUUAGAUGUAUUCAUAUUAUUUAAGGGUUUAAGGACAAGUUUUCUUGCUAUAAAAUACAAAUAUUUUUACAUUUAUUUGUCUUAGAAUGUCAAGUUUUAAAUUAAAAAAUUAUUUCAGAAUGUUCCAGAGAAUGUCAGCCAUUUUGCUGGCAUCAUUUCUCAGUGCUUUGAAGCUCACCUGAAUGUAUACAUAGAGAACCAAGAUAGGUACAUUGCUAGCAUUAUCUAUUCUUAUAUACAUAGUGAACGAAGAUAGGUACAUUGCUAGCAUUAUCUAUUCUUAUAUACAUAGAGAACCAAGAUAGGUACAUUGCUAGCAUUAUCUAUUCUUAUAUACAUAGAGAACCAAGAUAGGUACAUUGCUAGCAUUAUCUAUUCUUAUAUACAUAGAGAACCAAGAUAGGUACAUUGCUAGCACUAUCUAUUCUUGUAUACAUAGAGAACCAAGAUAGGUACAUUGCUAGCAUUAUCUAUUCUUAUAUACAUAGAGAACCAAGAUAGGUACAUUGCUAGCAUUAUCUAUUCUUAUAUGUGUAAAAAAAACUGAGUGACUCUUCUCUCUUAAUUUAAUCAAUUUUAAGUCAGAGUAUUGUUUUCUGUGUGUGGUAAACCAGGUCAGGAUGUUCAACAUCAAUCAAAGUUUUAUCUUCUGCUUAAGCUCCUUUUAAAAACACCACUUUUAAGCAUCAACACUUUUUGAUAAAGUGUCAAAUGUUAAAGUUUUAACCAUUAGAUUUUGUUUGUUAAUGAGGAACCUGGCAGAGCUGAUGAGCAGGUUUCAAGAAGAUAUCCAAGCCCACGGCACACCACGCAUGGAUGGGGAGGAAAACAGCAACGUUUUGCCCAGCUGUGCUGACCUCUUUGUCUUCUACAAGAAAUGUAUGGUGCAGUGUUCACAACUCAGUACUGGUCAGCCACUUCUUGACCUUACCAAGACAUUCCAGAAAUAUCUUAAGGAAUAUGCUCAUAGGAUCCUUUUGGCUAAUUUACCCAAGUAAGAUUUUUUAGAAAUACAGAUCUUUCAUUAACUAUUUCUCUUGGAUCAACUGAGUGCAAUUUCAGAUUUUUAAUUUUGAAAAAUGUAGCUGUAAAUUUGGAGCUUGUAUUGUGACUAGUAAGUCAAAUGACGCUGACUGGUUUUUUUUUAAACUUUGCUAGACACACAUAUAAUUCUCAAAAACUUGUAUUGUCAAUAAAUGAGUGCUUCCUACAGAAUUAAAAUCAACACGCCAACAAGACUUAUUGAAGCAAAACAUGUGCCUAUCAGGUCCAAAAAGGACAGUGUGUAAACACUAUAGAACAGGGCGAACUGUAUCGCUAUAUUUUUGUGCUGAAUGUUAGUCAAAUCCGCACAUCCAUAUGGAUUGUUUUCAGGCUUACCAUAGCUAAACCCAGAUGAAAAGAUAUGACAAAUUUAUAGUAUAUUUUCACUUUACCAUAAUAAAUGUUAGUACAUACUAGGAUUACAGUGCAAAGAUUUUCUAAUAGCAACAGAUUGUUUCCAGUGGAAAUAGUUAGUUUUUUCCGGAUAUUUUGUGUGUGUCUGUGACAAGGGAUAAUGUGCUCUGGUGUUUCAUUUUUAAACGAUUUUUUUUACUGUGAUCUUCAUUAAAUGUGAUGCACAUAUGGAUAUAGUUCAGAAAAGAAAUAAAUUGUUACACAUUGGAUUAUAUAUUUCUCUUCGUGUGACUUGGAAUGAACAUUUUGUGAACAGUUGGUGAUUUUUUUUUUCAUAAUUUUUAUUUUCCUUAAAUCAUAAUUACAUUUAUAUAUUAAAAUUUAAACCCAGGUCUGUAUUGUCUGUACAGAGCAUGCAUUCUCCUAAUUCCAUACCAAACUUAAAAUUUUUGAUGGAAAAACAAAAAAGUUAUGAUGGUUUAGAGAUAGUUUUAGUAGUGGUAACAAAUAUGCAAAAUAGAAAAUUCCGUCAGAAUGCUGAAAUUAAUUCCGGAGAGAAAGAGUUAAAAUAGAAAUUGUAUAUCUAUGCUCCAAUAACCAUCUUGAUGAAUUCAAUUCAAUAUUCUUGCCAUGUCAUGAUUAAAGCUUAUAACAUCAGAAGUUGCAGUACAACUUGAUUUGAACAUCAUUUGAAUGUCAUUAUGUAAGCUGGUAUUAGAAGUUGUAAUUGAACUAGUUUGAGUAUUUAAAUGUGUACAGUAAGUUAAUAAUUGUUUUUAAAAAUGUAAUUGUAGUAUUCUAACUUUAUGAUGGAAAAAAAUGGUGACAAAUUAUUUCCAUUAAAAUGUUGUAUUACACAUAUUAUACCCUACUAGAAAUAUCUUUUGUCAGGUGUUGUUUUACAAAAAAAUAUACCCUAAAGAUAUCUUUUGUUAGAUGUUGUCUUACACCAUUUACACCCUAGAUACAUCUUUUGCCAGAUGUCUUACACCAAUCAUACCCUAAGAGAUAUAUUUUCACAGGCUGAGUAAAGAUAUGGGGAACAUCAGCUCUGCGUCAGGUCUUAUCCAGAGCAUUCUGAAAGAAGGGGAGGUAACCAAACUAACAGAAGAUGAACAGUGCAGGAUCUGCAGUCUGCUGUGUACAGCUGAGUACUGCAUGGAUACCACGCAGCAGCUGGAGGAGAAGCUCAGGGAGAAAGUUGACGCAGCUUUCAAGUCUGCAGUCGCACUGAAUACUGAGCAGGAUAUGUUUCAUACGUGAGUAGCAGGACCAAUGAAAUAUAAGAACAUGAAAGAACUAAGACUUCUAAAUACAUACAAGACCUAAGACAUCUAAAUACAUACAAAAACUAAGACAUCUAAAUACAUACAAGAACUAAGACAACUAAAUACAUACAAGAAGGGGGUAAUAAGGGGAGAGACUGCAAUCAGGUUAGUACAAAAUAAAAUGAGUAAAACAGAGUAUGGUUAAACCUGAAAAAUUAAACGCAACGAAACAGCGAACGUGUCGGCAGAAAGCCUUCGUCAGUGAACAAAACAACAGAAAAAACGUUAUAAAAAUAAGAAAUAGCACUUAGCUGGUAAGUAGUAUCUGUGGGCAGCAAUAGAAGUGUGGCAGAAGGAAAAUGAGUGAGAGUUUAAAUAAGCAGCGGCGAAAAAAAGAGGGGAGAAAAUAGUUCACUGUGAUAGGUCAGAACGUGGAGGGGCGGAGCUAGGGUCAAGCUGUGAACAGAGACAUAACAUUAAUCCCACCUGGCGUCAAAGUGCCAUAAGUCAGGAUAAGUCUGUGUUCCAAAUUGACCCGGCUGGUGGUGUUAGUGCUAGCCACAAUCGCACUUAUUGAAAAGUCCGCCUUGCCCCGGUGGUCGCUACUAUUAAAGUGUUUUGAGACGGGACACUGUUUAUCUUGUGUAAUGUUUCGGAGGUGUUCGGUCACCUGUCCGAGAGACGGCGUCCAGUCUCCCCUAUGUAUGUCAUCUGACAGCGGGUGCAGACAAUGGCGUAGAUAACGUUGCGGCUUUUACAGAGGAAACCGUCGCGUAUCUGAAAACUGCCCUUGGGGAAACGUAUGCGUUCAGUCUGGACGACAAAAGGGCACGUGUUGCAACGACUGCGUCCACACGGCUUGGUCCCAAAGUGGGAGGGGGGAGCAUUGAUACGACUGCGUACAAGCAGGUCUCUCAGAUUUUUAUCCCGUCUGAAAACAAUGAGAGGUGGGGAAGAGAAAAUUUCUCGUGUGUCGGUGUCUGCGAGUAGUAUAGAUCGAUGUUUAAGGAAAACACGUUUAGCAAUCAGAUUGUGAGGGUGAUAAGUUAAAAUGAGUUUUGUCCUGUCAACAUUGUCGCUCAGACGUGGUCUGAAGGCAUCAGCACGUGUAAUAUUCUUAACCCUUUGGAGGGCUGAUGAAAGUACUGUCUCCGGGUAAGACCUACACCGGAAAAAGUCUAUCAUUUCAAGUGCCUUGUCCCAAAAGUCCUCAUCCGACCGACAAAGUCGACGAAGACGAAGUAAUUGAGAGAAAGGAAUAGAGUCCUUACAGGAUUUAGGAUGGGAUGAAGAGUAGAGUAGAUAGCUAUGGCUGUCAGUGGGCUUAAAGUAGGCAGAGGUGUGUAGGGUGUCUUUGUGAAGAGUGACUGUAAUGUCUAAGAAAUUGACUGAGGUCUCAGAGAUAAGAGAUGUGAAUUUAAUGGAGGGGUGAAAGGAGCCUACAAAGUUAAUGAACAGGUCAAGUUCACUCCUCUCCAUAGUGGUGACCCCUAUACCAUCAUCUAUGUACCUCUUAUAGAAUUCAGGGAGGCGUCCAGUAUAGCUGCUUAUAUACAUACAAGAACUAAGACAUCUAAAUACAUGCAAGAACUAAGAUAUCUAAAUGCAUACAAGAACUAAGACAACUAAAUACAUACAUAACUUUAGCAACACAACUUUAGCAACAAAAUAAGUCUGCUGUCCAGCACUGCUAACCAAUGAUCAAGUUUAGAAAUGUUUGUCUUUAUUUGUUAUAAUUUGUGUCUUUGUUUUCCUUCACUAUUGUGAAGUGUUUAUUUGACUGUAGUAGAGUAAACUUGUUUGAUUGUAUCUCACAGUGUAAUCUCUAACUGCAUACUCUUGUUUUGAUUGUAUCUUACAGUUUGAUCUCUAGCUGUAUACAGUUGUUUGAUUGUAUCUCACAGUGUGAUCCUUAACUGUAUACAGUUGUUUGAUUGUAUCUCACAGUGUAAUCUCUAACUGUAUACACUUGUUUGAUUGUAUCUUACAGUGUGAUCUCUAACUGUACACACUUGUUUGAUUGUAUCUUACAGUGUGAUCUCUAACUGUAUACAGUUGCUAGUACAAGAUCUGGAGACAGCUUGUGAGCCAGCUCUGACCGCUAUGACUAAGGUAAUAUGCUUACAGUGACCAGGGUUGUGGGUAAGGGUGAGCCAGGCCUGACUGCUAUGACUAAGGUAAUAUGUUUACAGUGACCAGAGGUGUGGGUUAGGGUUAGGGUGAGCCAGGCCUGACUGCUAUGACUAAGGUAAUAUGCUUACAUUGACCAGGGGUGUAUUAUCUGUCCGUCCACUCACAGUUUAGCAGACUUUACAUGUGGCCCUCCACUCACAGUUUAGCAGACUUUACAUGUGGCCCUCCACUCACAGCUUAGCAGACUUUACAUGUGGUCCUUCACUCACAGUUUAGCAGACUUUACAUGUGGGCCUCCACUCAGAGUUUAGCAGACUUAACAUCUGGAUCUCCACUCACAGUUUAGCAGACUUUAAAUUUGUCCGUCCACUCACAGUUUAGCAGACUUUACAUCUGGGCCUCCACUCAGAGUUUAGCAGACCAUAGAUUAAAUCCCGACAGACACUUAAAUUCAAUGUAACGAGCAUGUUUCCAUCUCUGCACAGAUGCCCUGGUCCAACAUCGAGGCUGUGGGUGAUCAGAGUGGUUACGUGACGGCCAUCACAUCACACCUCAAACAAAACAUUCCCAUCAUCAGAGACAACUUGGCCUCCUCCAGGAAAUACUUUACUCAGUUCUGUGUGAAAUUUGCCAAGUACGUUUUUGUUGAAUGGGUAAUAAGAUGACCAUCUUUAAAUUCAAACAGAAAUCCUUAAAAGUGUAAAACAUAUGAGCUCAUAUGUUGACCCCAUAAUAUAAUGAGCUCAUAUGUUGACCCCAUAAUAUAAUUUGCCAAUGUAAAUAGUGUGAGCAAUAGGGCACAUAGGAAUGUGAUACGAUGGCCAGCCUUAUGUGACGAUCAAUGUUUAUUAUUUAAUUAACAAUAGCCGUGUCAUCUUCUUCUGGUAACAUUAGAAUCUCGUAGAGCAUAAGUUGGACUACGGCCUCGGAGAUCUCAUAUUAAUAGCAAUUUUAUCUUUUUCUGGUAACAUAUUAGAAUCUCAUAGAGCGUAAGGUGGACUAGAACCUCGGCGAUCUCAUAUUAACAGCAAGUUUUUCUUUUCCAGUUAACAUUUUAGAAUCUCAUAUGGCAUAAGGUGGACUAGGACCUCAGUGAUCUCAUAUUAAUAGCAAUUUCAUUCUUCAGUGUACCUGGAGGAAUUUUUUUUUACAUCCCCUAUGGCCAUCUCAUAGGCUGACCACCAAACUUAUCCCCCUGAAAUAUUUCCCCAAAAAGUUGGCUUAAGACCGCAAGCAAAUGCCUAGAUUAUCAAAUCAUUAAUCUUAUUUUAGUAUCAAAUGUGUGUGUGAUAAUAUUUGUGAAAAAAUAGUAGUUCAUCAGCAUCAUACGCAAGAAGUUUAAAUGAGGAAUCCAAUUGCAAACCCUGCUAAGUCGUUUUUUUUUUUUUUAAUGAGUUACACCCCUUGGCUCCUCUAUGAAGUGCUAUUUCACAAUAUUUUACUAGUUUUUAAAAUCAAAACCCGCCAAGUUCGCUAAUUUUGCUAUUUAAAAUACGAUUGUCUUGCAAAACCGGCUAAGUUGCAUCGGCAUUCACUUUCAAAGCCUACUAAGUUACCAGGCAAUGGCAGCAUUUGUUUUAAACAAAAUUUGUGAAGAAGAGCCAAUCACAAUUUAGCUUGCCGACACAUGACUUUCUUUCGACACUAUUCAAGAUGGCUGACACAACACGAGCCUUAGUAAAAUCGGCAAAAACGCUCACAUAUCACCAUUAAAACUUACAAAAAGAAAAGAACUCCACAUUCAAAGGAUACCUCUGCUGAUAAUGUUUUUUUUAUAAAGUUUAUUACUUUAUGCAAGACGGCGCCCCCACCUUAAAUGCAUUGUUAUUGUUACGCCAAUGUAACCCAAUAAAAUUGUCAACCCGUGGUUUUUUUCCCUGGCCUUAAUAAUGAAUUGAAGACCUAUUGUUUUAAUAUAGAUAUAUAUGUGUUGUGGUCUGUUACUUUGUGUUGUUAUAUAGCAAUUUUAUGUGUUGUGGUCUGUUACUAGUGUUACUUGAUUGUUUAGUUAAGGUACCAUAAUAUAAGACUUCGGUUCAUUAAAAUCAUGUAGUACAGUUUAAAGAAAAUGUAAAAGAGCAACUCUAUCUAUAUCUUUUAAAUUUGUUGUGGGCUGUCAAACUUCUUAAGUGAUUUAAACCACUUUAAAAUGUUCAUAAGUAUUUUAACCUCUUUCAAAAGCUGCUAAGUGUGUAAACCAUUUUCAAAAGCUGCUAAGUAAUAACUUUAUCAUCCAUUAUAAAUUCAAAAAUGCCCAUUUAACUAUAUUUUUUGUUAAAAAAUACAUACUUUACAGCUAAUCUUUCAACUGGAACAAAAACCAGAAUCCUAUAAUUAGCGCAUCAUUGUGUUUAAGAAAAAUGUGUUUUUCCCAAAAUCAAUCUAAAGUUACUUAGCAGGGUUUGCAAUUGGACUCCUCAAAUUUGCCCGGGCUGUCCACGCCUAAUGGUCAGUGGAAGCUAGGCAGCUGUUCAUGGGUGAAGGUAAAACUAUUUGAAUAAACCCUUCUUGGACUCUGACCAUGCUAAAAAAAUUGUCAUGGUCUUCUUGGGUCUAGCACUAAACAAGACUCUAAUCUUGCCACACAAAAAAAACCUCUUCCCCUCUAAAGAAAAAAUUAAAAAACUUUGUUCUAUAAAUUAUUUUGUAUGACAUUCAAUCCCAUAUGGCAAUAGCGAUAAUAUUUAAAAAUAACAGAAGACCAUAAUUUUAAAUGUUACAAUUUUAUUCUUUACAUAUUGGCUCUGUGUGAUGUCGCGUAGUUAUUCUUUACAUAUUAGCUCUGUGUGUGAUGUCACUCAGUUAUUCUUUACACAUUAGCUCUGUGUGUGAUGUCACUCAGUUAUUCUUUACAUAUUACCUCUGUGUGUGAUGUCAUUCAGUUAUUCUUUACAUAUAGCUCUGUGUGUGAUGUCACUCAGUUAUUCUUUACAUAUUAGCUCUGUGUGUGAUGUCACUCAGUUAUUCUUUACAUAUUAGCUCUGUGUGUGAUUUCACUCAGUUAUUCUUUACAUAUUAGCUCUGUGUGUGAUGCCAUUCAGUUAUUCUUUACAUAUAGCUCUGUGUGUGAUGUCACUCAGUUAUUCUUUACAUAUUAGCUCUGUGUGUGAUGUCACUCAGUUAUUCUUUACAUAUUAGCUCUGUGUGUGAUGUCACUCAGUUAUUCUUUACAUAUUAGCUCUGUGUGUGAUGUCACUCAGUUAUUCUUUACAUAUUAGCUCUGUAUGUGAUUUCACUCAGUUAUUCUUUACAUAUUAGCUCUGUGUGUGAUGUUAUUCAGUUAUUCUUUACAUAUAGCUCUGUGUGUGAUGUCACUCAGUUAUUCUUUACAUAUUAGCUCUGUGUGUGAUUUCACUCAGUUAUUCUUUACACAUUAGCUCUGUGUGUGAUGUCAUUCAGUUAUUCUUUACAUAUUUGCUCUGUGUGUGAUGUCACACAGCUAUUCAGGAGAGAGAGAGAACUAUUUUGUAUUAAUAACUUUCUUUUUUCCCAUUCAGUUCUUUCAUUCCAAAGUUCAUUGGAACAUUGUACAAGUGUCGACCUUCUAGCACAGUGGCAGCAGAACAGGUUAGUUGUCUAGUGUAGGUUAUGUGGACCUUCUUACACAGUGGCAGCAGAACAGUUUAGUUGUCUAGUGUAGGUUAUGUUGACCUUCUAGUACAGUGGCAGUAGGACAGAUUAGUUGUCUAGUGUAGGUUAUGUCUUAUUUAUGUCGGCCUUCUAACACAGUGACGACCUUUCAACACAGUGACGACAGAACAGAUUAUUUUUCUAGUUUAGCUUAUGUUUUUCCUAAUUAGUCCAUGUUAAUACAGCUGAGUUAUGUUUUCCUCAUUAGUCCAUGUUAACUCUCUGCUGUCCGACUAUAGAGAAAUGGUACUUAUAAGUACCAUAGAUUUUGUGUGUGGGUUAUUUAUUUUUAAAAAUAUAUUUUUAAAUAAAAAAAAUUAUUUAUUAUAUUUUAAUAAUUUGUUACAUUGGUUUAAGUAUUUGUAAAAAUAUUAAAAUUAUUACAAAAUUUGAAAUUACUAUAAAAACAAUGUUUUGGAAACUUAUUCAGCGCGGAGCAUCCCUUGAAAUCUUCGCAGAUUUCCAAAAAACAAAAUAAUAUAAGUGUCACAAAAAAAUUAAUUACUAGAAUGAAUAUUGUCAAAUGAUUUUAAUUUCCCGAUUUAUCAAGAAGUUAUUUGUUUUUCUAAAGUAAUGUAUCCAAAUGGAGACUCUAAUCAGGAAAUUUAUCCCGAUUAGCAUAUAAAAGUUCUGACAAUUAUCGUAAACAAGUACGCUAAAUUUUAAUUAUCAUUUCCCGGCUUUAAAAUUAAUAAUAAAACAAUAAAGAGAUAUUUGUACAAUUUUAAUUGGCUGAAGUAUAUAUUAUCCAAUUGUACUUAUAUUGAUUUUCUCUAUUUGAAUUUUAUUGAGUUUCAAUAAUUUUAUAAUAAAUAAAUAGCUUGGCUAUGCAAAUAAAAUAUUUUCUAAAAAUAGCGGGAAAACUCCAGCCGAUGGGAACUUGCAUAAUUAGAAUAAAUUUAAAGUUAAGGACUUUUAUUAACUAAAUAUAUUUCUUUAAAAUAUGUUAAAACCAAGAAUAAUCUCCUAAACUAAUAAUACAUAGUAGUAAAAGAAAUGUGUUUAAAUUUAAUUAUCAUUAUCGCAAUUAGUAGAGACUACACCACAGAAUAAAAAACAAAAAAUGUAUGUUUUUAUUAAAAGCUCAUUAACUCUAAUGGGAAGGAGGAGAGAGAGAGAUAAAAAUGCAUAUAUGCAGACUAUAAAUUGUAUUAGAUGAUGAAGUAUUUUAUUUAAAUAAAUUUUAAAUCUUUAAUAAAAAGGAGAGUUUUUGUUUUUUUUCCUUCAUACUGUGUGAAAUUUUGUCAAAUUUUGCAUUUUUAAAAAAAAAAAAUUCUUCAAUAAAAUGCUUCCUUACAUCCCCACAAGACAACUACGUUCUUCCAUUGACAGUAGAACCCUCUCAAUCCCAAGAACUAAAACUAAGACCAUCGGUGAACGCUCCUUCUGCUUCCAUGGGCCCACGUUCUGGAACCAGCUCCCCUUCCAUAUACGUCAUUGUGAAACCUCGUCCAUUUUCAAAAAGUCUCUUAAAACUCAUCUGUUUAGGUCCGCCUAUGACCUGUGAUGCACCAUCCUUGCCCUACCUCAUUUUCUGUUUCGGGUUGAUCCUGAAGUGUCAAAGUGUCCUCGUUUUAUAGCCAUUUUCAUUGUUUCUAUAGAAUAGUGGUUACUAUCCUAGUGUCUCAUUUGUAUUUACUUAGUUUACAUGUUUUAAUAAUUGUAAAGCGCUUAGAGCUUUAUGAUAAGCGCUAUAUAAAAAUGCCUAAAUAAAUAAAUAAAUAAAUAAUUAUUUUUUUAACUAAGAAAAUAAAAUAUACAAAAAAUAUAUUAUGAUAGCUGAGUUAAAAAUGAACAAGUUAAUAUAUAUAACGGAUCAGAUCAGAUCUUUAUCAGAAGAGUUAAUUAAUUAUUUUUAAAAAUCACCUUAAGAUUUUUUUAAAAUGUGAAAAAAACGUCAGACUGCAGAGAGUUAGUACAGCAGAGUUAUGUUUCCUAAUUAGUCCAUGUUAAUACAGCAGAGUUAUGUUUUUCUAAUUAGUCCAUGUUAAUACUGCUGAAUUGUAGAACAUGAACACAACAUUUUUCAGUAUUUUUGUCCAGUUUUUAAAAUAAAUAUGAUAAAAUGAACAUUUAAAUUAAUUGAUUGGUUAAAAACGUACCUACUUUUUUUAAUAAGAAACUCUUUAGACUCAAAAAAUUUAAGUGACCUAAUGUAACAAUAAGACCAUUUUCAGAACAUGUAAAAGCUGUCACCUAAUGUCACUUUACGAUAGUAUCUUUGUAUUAAUUGUUCUGGAUAGUGAUGAAAGGAGAUGAUACUAUGGCCCUGAUCAUGAAAAUCUUGCACAUUUGAAAAUGGAUUCUGUGAGACUACUGAAAGUUCUUAUAUGCCUAUGAAAUAAUGCUAUCAAUGAGAAUUAUGAAAUGUCCUGUCUUGGCUCAGUUUGAAAGAUAAAUUGUCCUAUCUUGGUUCAGUUUGAAAUAUAAAAUGUCCUAUUUUGACUAAAUAUUCUUUCUUGGCUCAGUUUGAAUGAUAAAAUGUCCUAUCUUGGCUUGCAUUUUGACAGCUGCUGCUGGACACGCACAGUUUAAAAACUGUACUGCUGGAACUACCAGGCCUGGGAUCACAAGUUUCUAGGAAAGCGCCGGCCAGGUAAGCUGCACUUCAUUCAUAGAAUUGAUUCUGCCUGUUGAAAACAAAAAAAACAGAAUUAAAUUUUGAAUUCAGCUGAGGUUCCUAGCAGGGGCGUUACCCCCAGCACACCACCAGGGCAGGGGAGUUACCCCCAGCACACCACCAGGGCAGGGGAGUUACUCCCAGCUCACCACCAGGGCAGGGGAGUUACUCCCAGCACACUACCAGGGCAGGGGAGAUACCCCUAGCACACCACCAGGCAGGGGAGUUACUCCCAGCUCACCACCAGGACAGGGGAGUUACUCCCAGCUCAUCACCAGGCAGGAGAGUAACCCCCAGCACACCACCAGGCAGGGGAGAUACCCCUAGCACACCACCAGGGCAGGAGAGUUACUCCCAGCACUCCACCAGGGCAGGGGAGAUACCCCUAGCACACAUCCAGGCAAGGGACUUACUCCCAACACACCACCAGGACAGGGGAGUUACCCCCAGCACACCACCAGGGCAGGGGAGUUACUCCCAGCACACCACCAGGCCAGGGGAGUUACCCCUAGCACACACCCAGGCAAGGGACUUACUCCCAACACACCACCCGGACAGGGGAGUUACCCCCAGCACACCACCAAGCAAGGGGCUUACUCCCAACACACCACCCGGGCAGGGGAGUUACCCCCAGCACACCACCAGGGCAGGGGAGUUACUCCCAGCACACCACCAGGGCAGGGGAGAUACCCCUAGCACACAUCCAGGCAAGGGACUUACUCCCAACACACCACCAGGACAGGGGAGUUACCCCCAGCACUCCACCAGGGCAGGGGAGUUACUCCCAGCACUCCACCAGGGCAGGGGAGUUACUCCCAGCACACCACCAGGGCAGGGGAGAUACCCCUAGCACACAUCCAGGCAAGGGACUUACUCCCAACACACCACCAGGACAGGGGAGUUACCCCCAGCACACCACCAGGGCAGGAGAGUUACUCCCAGCACUCCACCAGGCAGGGGAGUUACUCCCAACACACCACUAGGACAGAUUAGUUUCUGAGAUAAAAAUUUAAAAAACAGUUUUUCUUUGUGUGAGUGUGAUGCAUUAAAAAAAUAAUCACGUAUGACACGCUCCCAAUUUAGUUAAUUUGUUACUUGUAAGGAAAAAUCCUUGCAAAGAUAUAACAUAUAUUAUAGUGUUAGGAUUAGAUAGGGUUAGGGUUAAAUAUGGUUAAUAGGGUUAGGGUAAGUUAGGGCUAGGGUUAAAUAUGGUUAAUAGGGUUAGGGUAAGUUAGGGCUAGGGUUAGAUAUGGUUAAUAGGGUUAGGAUUAUAUAUGGUUAAUAGGGUUAGGGUUAGAUAUGGUUAAUAGGGUUAGGGUUAGAUAUGGUUAAUAGGGUUAGGGUAAGAUAGGGCUAGGGUUAAAUAUGGUUAAUAGGGUUAGGGUAAGUUAGGGCUAGGGUUAGAUAUGGUUAAUAGGGUUAGGAUUAGAUAGGGUUAAUAGGGUUAGGGUUAGAUAUGGUUAAUAGGGUUAGGGUUAGAUAUGGUUAAUAGGGUUAGGGUAAGUUAGGGCUAGGGUUAGAUAUGGUUAAUAGGGUUAGGAUUAGAUAGGGUUAAUAGGGUUAGGGUUAGAUAUGGUUAAUAGGGUUAGGGUUAGAUAUGGUUAAUAGGGUUAGGGUAAGAUAGGGCUAGGGUAAGAUAUCGUUAAUAGGGUUAGGGUUAGAUAUGGUUAAUACGGUUAGGGUAAGUUAUGGUUAAUAGGGUUAGGGUUAGAUAUGGUUAAUAGGGUUAGGGUAAGAUAGGGCUAGUGUUAAAUAUGGUUAAUAGGGUUAGGGUAAGAUAGGGCUAGGGUUAGAUAUGGUUAAUAGGGUUAGGAUUAGAUAUGGUUAAUAGGGUUAGGGUUAGAUAUGGUUAAUAGAGUUAGGGUUAGAUAUGGUUAAUAGGGUUAGGAUUAGAUAUGGUUAAUAGGGUUAGGGUUAGAUAUGGUUAAUAGGGUUAGGGUUAGAUAUGGUUAAUAGGGUUAGGGUUAGAUAUGGUUAAUAGAGUUAGGGUUAGAUAUGGUUAAUAGGGUUAGGAUUAGAUAUGGUUAAUAGGGUUAGGGUUAGAUAUGGUUAAUAGGGUUAGGGUUAGAUAUGGUUAAUAGGGUUAGGGUUAGAUAUGGUUAAUAGGGUUAGGGUUAGAUAUGGUUAAUAGGGUUAGGAUUAGAUAUGGUUAAUAGGGUUAGGAUUAGAUAUGGUUAAUAGGGUUAGGGUUAGAUAUGGUUAAUAGGGUUAGGAUUAGAUAUGGUUAAUAGGGUUAGGGUUAGAUAUGGUUAAUAGGGUUUGGGUUAGAUAUGGUUAAUAGGGUUAGGAUUAGAUAUGGUUAAUAGGGUUAGGUUUAGAUAUGGUUAAUAGAGUUAGGAUUAGAUAUGGUUAAUAGGGUUAGGAUUAGAUAUGGUUAAUAGGGUUUGGGUUGGAUAUGGUUAAUAGGGUUUGGGUUAGAUAUGGUUAAUAGAGUUAGGAUUAGAUAUGGUUAAUAGGGUUAGGGUUAGAUAUGGUUAAUAGGGUUAGGAUUAGAUAUGGUUAAUAGGGUUAGGAUUAGAUAUGGUUAAUAGGGUUAGGAUUAGAUAUGGUUAAUAGGGUUAGGGUUGGAUAUCGUUAAUAGAGUUAGGAUUAGAUAUGGUUAAUAGGGUUAGGAUUAGAUAUGGUUGAUAGGGUUAGGAUUAGAUAUGGUUAAUAGGGUUAGGGCUAGAUCUGAUUGAUAGGGUUAGGGCUUGAUCUGAUUUAUAGGUUAGAUAUGGUUAAUGGGGUUAGAUAGGCCAAUGUGAGAUCUUGUUUAGUUAACUAAUUAUAAGCGUGUUGGACUGUGAUAAAGCUUUCAAGUUGGUUAAUGAGACACCAACAAUUUCUGUUAGUAAAACAAUAGGUUCAGCUUUUAUAAUGAUUAUAAGGAUUAUACAGAAUACAAAUGUAAACGUUUUGACAAAUGCCUUCUUCAGUUCAAAAAAACAUUAAUAUAAGUAUAAAUCAAAUUGACAUAAUAUAUUUAAACUUGUUUCCCACCUAUAAAUGAGAGAAAAGAAUCAGAGAUCUUGUUUGGAUUUGAUAUUUUUCAGUUACACUAAGAUAGUUGUCAAAGGCAUGACCAAGGCAGAGAUGAUAUUAAAGGUAAGCUUUUAUAAAAUCUAAGUUAAACUUAAUUAAAGGUAAGCAAAGGACCAUACAAGAAAUGUUAACUAUUUCUAGUUUAAGUUCAACUCUUGUUAAACUUUAUAGAAUGCUGUGACACCUGCAGUUGAGAUGCUGAGACGCGGUUAUCUAACAUGCCUAUUUAAUGGCUGUUUCAAAUUCUUUUAAUGAAUUUUUACUCCUCAAGUAAUUUGUGCUGAAUUAUUACCAGGUUGUGAUGUCACCUCAACAUCCACCACAAGGAUUUGUGGAUAACUUUAUCCGUUUGCUGGCUGACUCAGACAUCAAUGACUUUCAGAGAGUCUUGGAAAUGAAGGUAAAAUUCGGGAUGAUAACCAACCAUCAAAUUUAACUAUUUUACAAAUGUGACCAUUCAAAAAAUUUAACCACUCAAAAAAUUUUACCACCCAACAAUUUUUACCACUUAAUAAAUAUAAAUAUCCUAUAAAUGUAACCAACAAAUUAAUUUAAUCACCCAACAAAUUAAAUUACUUAACAAAUUUAACCCUUUAACCAAUUCAACCACCAACAUAUUUAACCAACCUACUUAUUUAACUACGGCAUUCAACAAAUUUAUCAGCCCAACAAAAUUAAGUACCCAAAUUAUUGAACUACCAACAAAUGUAUUAGUCCAUACCCUGAGAAAAGUCCACAACUUUUCUAUUGGUUGGGUCUACAACAAACACAUUUCUGUAUCUAUUGGUUGGGUCUACAACAAACACAUUUCUGUAUCUAUUGGUUGGGUCUACAACAAACUCAUUUCUGUAUCUAUUGGUUGGGCCUACAACAAACACAUUUCUGUAUCUAUUGGUUGGGCCUACAACAAACACAUUUCUGUAUCAAUUGUUUGCGUAUACAGAAAACACAUUUCUGUAUCAAUUGUUUGGGUCUACAACAAAAACAUUUCUGUAACUAUUGGUUGGAUCUACAACAAAAACAUUACUAUAUCUUCAAACAUCUCCCAAACGCUAUGAAACAAUUUAAUCAUAUUGUGGUGUCCUACUAGAAAAUGUCGUGUAUAUCACAACUGCCACCAUUAAUGAUGUUUUAUAUAACAACAAAUAUUUGAGUAACAUGCUAAAGUCAAGAAACUUUGUUAUAUAGCGCAGCUUUGUUAUAUAGUGCAGCUUUGUUAUAUAGUGAAACUUCAUUAUCUAUAGUUAUUUUAAAAACUAAACAUUCAAUCGCAAUUAAACAGAUAUCAUAACACAGAUGUUAUUAUACAGACGUCAAAGCACUGACAUUUUUACACAGAUGUCAUUGCCAGUUAGUUUUUCUAAUAUACUCUCUAUAACUACAGGGUGUUCGUCGAGGUGACCAGAGCUCAUUGGUGGAAAUGUUCCGAGCACGUGUUCCCGUGUCAUCCAUAUUGGCCAACACAAGUCAGGGAGGGCUUGCCCCUGCCCAGAGCUAUGUGACACCACAUAUAUCUACACCUGAACCCGAGUCUAGUCGUAUACGUAAGCUGGAGAAACUCAUCAAGAAGAGGUUGUAGAUACGAAAGAAUUGUUGAAGUAUUCAUUCCACUCCAUGUCUGAAUUUAGUUAUUGGAUGGAACUUACUGAUGAGGCUAUCGACCUGGUUCUUCUAGUGGGCAGAGAUCUUGAACAUAGAACAGCAAUAAGAACCAGGUCUAAAUUCUGGGCCCACCAGUAACAUUGAUAAAUGUCAAAUCAGGCUGAGAUUUCUAGCUGUGACACUAUUUAUAGUUCUACUAAGCCUUGUGUUACUUAAGCUUCAAUCUGUUACAAAUGUAUUCAAAACUACCUGAAUAAACAAGGAAUAUAGUAAAAGAAAAAAACACAACUUGAUCAUCUGUAGCAUCAAUAGUAUUUCUUUCAUUGAUAUCUGAGUUAUUGAAAUGAAGCACUGGGUAUUUACUGAUAGUUUGUUCAAAGUUAAUUUGUACUUUGCAAUUGCUAGUGGUGAGUGGAUGCUGUUUGGCACAAUAUAUCAGCUCAGUUGUUUAAUGUGACAGCCAUUGUUGGAUGUGGCAGCCAUUGUUGAAUGUGACAGCCAUUGUUGAACGUGACAUCCAUUAUUGAAUGUAACAGCCAUUGUUGAAUGUGACAGCAAUUGCUAAAUGUGACAGCCAUUGUUGAAUGUGACAGCCAUCGUUGAAUGUGACAACCAUUGUUGAAUGUGACAGCAAUUGUUGAAUGUGACAGCCAUUUUUAAAUGUGACCGCCAUUGUUGAACGUGACAGCCACUGUUGAACGUGACAUCCACUGUUGAAUGUGAUAGCAACUGUUGAACGUGACAGCCAUUGUUGAAUGUGACAGCCACUGGUGAAUGUGACAUCCAUUGUAGGAUGUGGCAAACAUUGUUGAAUGUGGCAGCCAUUGUUGAAUGUGACAGCCAUUGUUGAACGUGACAUCCAUUAUUGAAUGUAACAGCCAUUGUUGAAUGGGGCAGCAAUUGUUGAAUGUGACAGCCAUUGUUGAACGUGACAUCCAUUAUUGAAUGUGACAGCCAUUAUAGGAUGUGGCAGCCAUGGUUGAAUGUGAAAGCCAUUCUUGAAUUUGACAGUCAUUGUUGAAUGUAACAGCCAUUGUUGAAUGUGACAGCCAUUGUUGAAUGAGACAGCCACUGUUGAACGUUACAUUUAUUGUAGGAUGUGGCAGCCAUUGUUGAAUGUGGCAGCCAUUGUUGAAUGUGACAGCCAUUGUUGAAUGUGACAGCCAUUGUAGUAUGUGGCAGCCAUUGUUGAAUGUGACAGCCAUUGUUGAACGUAUCAUUUAUUGUUGAACGUGACAUUGUUGGCCCUUUGGUUUGUGAAAUGUAUAUAUUUUAUGUGUCCUAUACCAGUUUUAUGGUAACAUAUUCUUAUGUCAUUUUCUACUGCUUGUAUUACUAUCUACCAUAUUACAUUCAUUACUUUAAUCUUUUAAGUUUAUCCAUGCAAGUUCAUGUGACUAGAAUUAAUUCAAGACUUAAC